UAUAUAUAUACAUUUUAUUCGCCGAGAACUAAGUCCAUUUUAUUUGUUUUGAUUAUUUCAAAUAUAUAAUAAGUAUCAAAACAAACGUGUGUAUAUAAAAAUGGAAUAUAAAGUGUCAAACUUAUUAGUUAAUAUUGACAAUAUUUGUCGUGUAUGUUUGACUGAAAAUGCAAAUUCAUUAUCGAUAUUUUGUCAAAAUGAAACGGAUGAAAAGUAUCGUGAUCUUUUAAAUAAAAUUCAAGAGUCCGGUGGUAUUAAAAUUGCCGAAGACGAUGGCUUGCCGACACUUAUAUGUUCCAAGUGUAUUAAUAAUAUAAAUAUCGCUUUUAAAAUACGCCAACAAUGCCAACGGAGUGAUACAUUAUUACGAUUAUAUUAUAAAAAACUUAAAGAGUCUAACCUCAAAACCAUACAUUAUCAGGAAACGCUUCAACCCGAGCUAAUACCCCACGAAAUUUCACAAUCCAGCCAGGACUUGUUCAAUUACUUGGAAAUCCAGAGUAUGGACGCCGAGGAAGUCGUCGUUGGUCAAGAAGAAGUCCCGAGCGUCGAAAGCGCUGAGAUGACUGACGACGAACCGCCGUCAUAUAAAUUAAAGCUGCAGUUACUCGAGAUCGGCAGCACAGCCAGUAAUUCAUCAAUCGUUAAUUCUCAAAAUUCACGUCCGCCAAAAACUCAGAGCAAAGUUUACCCAGAGCAUCUGGGUGCUUUCGAAGCUCUGGCUUUCGAUCCGAAUCAGUCGGGUGGCAAAAAGUACACGUGCUCAAUAUGCGCCCAGGGAUUCGUUUCACUGAAAAUAUUGAGACAGCACCGAAAAGUUCACAAAGACGAAUUAUAUGUUUGUAAAAUAUGUCCAGUGCGCUGUGCCAAGGCCGAAGAAUUAGCGAUGCAUCUCAAGUCCCAUCAGCUGACCCAAGAAGCUGUUGCUGCCAUACAAAUAAAUAACCACAAUAAUCCAGACGACUACGGCGACUAUGAUAUGAUCGACGACCAGCAGGAAAUAGAUCGAUAUAAUGAGCAGUUACUGAGAGAUGACAAUUCUGACGGAACGAGUUACAAAGCCGGAAGUAAAAGAAAUUUAUCGGAUGGCUACAAGAUGGAUCUUUCUUCUAAAAAAUUAUUAUUACCGAGUAAUAGUAAUGAUAGCAGUAAUCAUAGUAAUAGUAGUAAUAAUGGUAUUAUACAUAGGUGUGAAAUUUGCGGUCAAACGUUUUUAAAAGAAAAAGGAUUAAUGCGGCAUCGCGCUUAUCACGAAUCACGAGUUAUUUGUGAUAUUUGUGGUAAAGUUUGUUCAAAUCAAAAUUGGCUUGAGUCACACAAAAAAUUAGCCCACAGUGGCAACACUAAGUCUGAAACAAAUACUUGUUCUUAUUGUAAAAAAACAUUUUACUUUAGCGCUCAUUUAAUGUCACAUUUAAAAAGAGUGCAUAGAGCUUUUAGUUAUGAUACUAAAAAGUGCAAAAAAUUAUUGAAAUCAACUAAAGUGUUACAACUUCCCAUUCUACGUGGUGAAUAUAAUAUUCUCAAAAUGGCGGUGAGGCGCAAACGUGUAAAGGCGGCUGAGUUAUUGGCUAAAAAUUGCAUUAAAAUAAGGCAAAAAAAAUUGGAUCGUUCUUCGAACACCCUGCUUCACGAUGCUGUUCGAUUGGGGCAGUUUGAAGUUGUUAGAAUACUUGUGAGUAAAGGUGCUGAUAUAAAUGCAAGCAUUAGAAAUGGGAUGACUCCUCUUCACAUUGCAACUAAACAUGGAAAUCUCAAGAUUAUGGAUUAUCUUCUACGUAAUGGUGCAGAUGUGAAUGCAAGAUGUACAGGACCUUAUUAUGUUGGAUUUGCGCCCCUACACUUCGCUUGCCAAUCGGAAAAUCUUAAAUACGCGAAAUUAUUAUUAAAACAUAAUGCUUCUGUUAUUCCAACAAACGAUGAUAUUCAUCCGAUUCAUAUUUCGGUUGGUUAUCUUUAUCCCAAAAUGACUCAAUUGUUAUUGGACUAUGGCGCAAGUAUGGCUGUUAAUAAACGAUUUCAUUCAGAUCAUUUUGAAAUCAAAGGUUAUAUGAUUGACAGUUCUCGACUAUAUCAGACGGAAGAAGAAGCUAUAAUACGAUAUGAGGAUGAAGAUUUAACUUUAUUACACCACACAGUUACUCGUCAUUCUAUACCUAUGGCAAAAUUAUUAUUGAAAUAUGGAGCAGAUGUAAAUAUUUUAAGCAAUACUGGUCUAUCUCCAUUGAAAGAUGCUGUAUUUGACCAUAAUAUUGAAAUGGUUAAGCUCUUAUUAAAUAACGGAGCUCUUGUAAACUAUGAUUCUGAUGACGAAAAAAUGAUAUUAAUACAACAACUUUUCCAUGACCGAAUGGGUAGAUGUAUACAUUAUUGUAAGUCACAGUAUAGCUUAGCCGAUAAAAAAUUAGAAAUCAUCAAAUUACUAAUUAAUGCAGGAGCUAGCAGCAAGGUAAAUCCAGAUCGUCACUUUGGUCUUCUCUUUCACUGUAUUUGGUUCGGGUAUAGAGAAAUUGUUAACUAUCUUCUGUAUCACACCGAUUUCAAUUUCUUUUAUAUAGAAGACUAUCCGGUCAGCUUGGCUUGUUUCGAUGAAAGUCGUAUAGAGAGAACCCCAGAGAUUGCCAAUGACACAGAGUAUAUAACAAAGCGCAAGCUCGAAUGUCAAGAACUUACUUACGACUUGAUAGCUGAAAAAUAUUCGAGAGUUUUUAUAGGUGUCCCGAUACAAGCCGAGAUAAGUUAUCAAGACUUGACUGAAAGUCCAUAUAAACUUGAAGUCACAGAAGAAGAACAUGAGGAUAGAGUUGAACAAAUAAAAAAAAAAAUUCAAGGAGUUGUGGAUGAAUUAAAACGUGAGAAAAUUGGUGAUAGUUAUAUUACUUUUUAUCAUAUUCUCACUGUGGAUGAGGACAAAUUAAUAAAGUUUGGAUUAAAUGAAGAUUUUAGAGCGUUACAAAAAAAUAUCAUAAUGAGCGAGUGUUACCUGGAUUUUGAUAGAAUUUGUAGAAUAUGUUUAACAGAGUCACCAAAUUUAACAUCAUUGUUUUGUAAUGAUUCAGUACCAGGUGUUUUUCCAAGUUUAUCACAACGAAUAUCAGCAUGUGGAGCUAUUGAAAUAAAUGAGAGAGAUGGAUUGCCACCAUUAAUAUGUGAUAGUUGUAUUUAUAAAGCAAGUGUGGCACAUGAAUUUCGUGAACAGUGUCAGAACUCCGAUGCGCGAUUACGUCUCUGUUACACUAAACCAACUCGCUUACAAUCAAAUUGUCAGGACUCAAGCACUCAAACAGAAACCGAAGAGAGAGCAAUGGCUAAAAAUGUUAAUUCAAAUUAUUUUGUCAAAGAAGAAAUCCACGGAUUAAGUCAAGAAUUAAAUACGAUAGUUUAUCAUCAGAAUCCACAAGUUGAUGUAACAGACAAUCAAAUAGUCUCUGAAGAUAAAUUAUUUCUCUGUAAUAUUGGAUUCCAGGCUAAAGAAUUAGAAAAAGAAUCAGCGAUUACUCAAGAUUCUGAUCAUCAAGAUCAACAUCAGCUCGAGCAUCAGGAACUACAGCAUCAAGUUCUAGUUCCAGAGUCGCAGCAAGUGUCCAUCCAAGUCGCGAUGGAAACUGAAGAUUUGACGGAUAACGUCAGCACGAUAAGCGAAAUAAAACCUGCGGUCACGGAGUACAUCGCUGAUGAAUUAUUGGCUACUGAUGAGACUGGCAAUGAAGACGAAGAGUUGGAGGACGAUGACGAGGAGACUGAUGCCCACGUUGGCGAGUUUGAAAAAGAACAAGACAUUUCAAUAGACGUAGAAGAACACAAGUGGACUGGAGAGAUCGAGGAACCGGCACCCAGCAAAAGGUUGACGCGCAAAGCUAAAGACAUUGCGGGAAAAUCCUACAGCGUUGAUGAACUUGAUGAAGAUUUGCCUGAUAAUAUUGACAAUGACGAUGACGACGAGCCUAAAUUCAAAUGUAAGGUUUGUUCCAAGCGUUACAAUACGCAAAAGGGUUUAAAAAAUCAUUCUCAAGUUCACGAUAAAAAACACAAAUGUCCUGUAUGUUUAAAGUCAUUUUACAAUAUUGAAAAUAUGGAGAAACAUGUAAAAGUUCAUGAGUCAAAGCCUCAUGCGUGCCAACUCUGCCACACGUCUUUUACAAAACCCCAGAGUUUAGUCCGGCAUUUAAAAAUCCACUCGGAAAAAUUCCAGGGCAGUAAUAAUAAUAAUUUAAAGAACAAUGACAAUGGCACAGUAUCAAUAGUAAGGACUGAAGAUACCGAAGAUGACGACGAUGGUUCUCAGACAAAUGAAGCAGACGAAUUUGACAGUGCGCCUGGUUUGUACAAAUGCGGUGAAUGCAAUCAAUUUUGUUCAACUUUAAAAAAUUUAAAAAGACACUCCUUGAUACACGGUGACAAAAAAUAUUCAUGUACUGUUUGUAAAAAAUGGUUUUUCCGACCAGACACGUUGAAAAAACACGCGGAAAAACACGGGCAUGGUUUAUUAGAUAAUCUGGUCGAUGAAAAUAAAUUAUAUGAGUCUGAUGACGAGACAUUUAAUCGCAGCAAUUCUACUACCGGUAAUAAUUCAAACGGGACCAAUGACCUUGACAACAAAAAACUGGACAGUGAUGAAGAUGCUUCUGGUGAAUACAAAUGCCAGCACUGUGACAAAGUGAUGGCAACUAAAAAAGGACUAAGACGUCAUGUGUCAAUGCACAAACCAAAAGCUGAACCAGUAACAUGUGAGAUUUGUAAAAAAGUGUGCGCUAGUCAAGCCAGACUUGUUCUUCAUCAAAGAACCCACAAUAAACCGAAAGAAAAAGUACCGCGGGAAUAUCUCUGUCAUAUAUGUAGCAAAGUAUACCCGAGCAAUUCGUCGCUCACUUAUCACAUGAGGACACACACGGGUGUUAAACCUCACGUAUGUCAGACAUGUAACAGUGGGUUUACAACAACCACGAGCCUUGCAAAUCAUAUUCGCAUACAUACUGGCGACAAGCCCUUUGUUUGUCAUGUGUGCAGUGCCGCGUUCGCCGUCAGCUCGGCCUUCAGACGUCACUUGACGCGUCACACUGGAGAAGCUAAUUAUCUGUGCAAAACAUGCGGCAAAGCCUUCAAAAGACUCAGCACACUCAAGGAACACACGUACACACAUUCGGGUGAAAAGCCUUAUGUUUGUAAAACCUGCGGGGCUGCUUACAGCCACAGUGGAAGUCUGUUCGCUCAUCAAAAACGCUGCCGAGCUCAGUACGGUGAGAUGGUUAACUCGGAAAAUAAUCAUUCGCAUAUUUCCCAUCAUAUUAAUGUUAGUAAUGUGCAGACAGCAGUCAGAUCGCUUGCUGUCAUUGGGCAAAUAUUUUAAUUUAUUUAAAAAUCAUGUGUUAAAAACAAAUAAGAAAAAGUUUUAUGGGAAACUUUAAAUUUGAGACAGAGUAGAACUCGAGUGGAAUUUUUUUUUAUUUUGAUGUUGACAGACAAUCGAAAAUUUUCAGAUUUUUUUUCAACAAAUGAAUUACAAAAAAAAAUAAAAAUAUGUACAUGUAGAAAAUUCAAAAAACUAUAGGUGCAAUUUUUUAAAAUGUUUUUAUUUUGUAAUUUAUCGUUUUGAAAAAAAUUCAAAUUAAUUUGACGUCGGCUAACUUCAGUAUCAUUUAUAAUUUUGAUGGUAAAAAAAUUUUUAUCUCGGAUUUUAUAUGAGCGAAUUUUGAGUAAAAAAAUCAGCAGAAAAAAAAUCUCAUUAAAAACCAGUAGACCCAUAAGAAUUUUGAACUUUUUCGAAACCAGGGUAAGAUGUAGUAAAAAUAUGUUUUACAAGUUUUCUUUUUUUACUCAAAACUCGCUCAUGUAAAAUCCUAGAUAAUUUUUUUUUUUUACUAUGAAAAUUAUAAAAAUUCAAAUAAAAUGCCACUCAAAUUUCUACUAUGUCUCAAAUAUAGAAGUUUCACAUGUCGAAUUUUUUUGGAAUCUUUUUGGAGCAAAUUUUUUUUACACGAGAAUUUAUUAUUUAUAAUUCAUCGAUUGAUGUUUCAUUUACGCUUAAAUAUUUUUAAAAAUCAUGAAUUCUUUAAAAAGACAAAAUAUAAAUUUUUAAAAGUUAUAUACAAAUUUAUUAGUUGAUAUUAUUUUAUACUUGAGUAUCAAUCUUUGAUUUAUAUAAAUAUAUAGUAUAAAUAUUUUUAAAUAUUCAUAAAGUUUGUUUUAGUAUACGACAAAAACUGUAGAUAUCCUCUAUUGUUCUCCAUAUCGAUUCAGUGAUAAUAUUCGUCAUCGAAAGGAGACUGAAUUAUAUAAUUAAUAUAAUAAUAAUUAAUAUUAAUAACUAUUUUAUUUUUAUCUUAAUAUUUAAGAUAUUACCGAAUCGCUGCCUCAUCAAAUCUAUCAACUAAUCACUAAUAUUUUUUUUUACUAAAUCUAAAUAAUAACGAUGACGGCUAAGUAGUGAUUUACUUUAUAAAAUUUCAAGAGUUUAUUCAUUUUAUUAAAAUAUAUUUAGUCUAUAUAUUACGCAGCUUCAAACAAUUAAAUUUACUGUACAAAAAGUAUAAAUUUCUAUUAUACUACCAUUAUAUAUAUAUAUAUUUUUUUUUAAUAGUCAAUUUUUUGUAACUCCUGUAGUACUUUUUCUUUUUUUUGAGAGUUUUAUAUAAGAGAAGAAAUGAUACUGAAGUUAGCCGACGUUUAAAAUUUUUUUCAGUGAUAAUUUAAAAAAUUGCACAUGUAGUUUUUUAAAUUUUCCACAUGUGCAUUUUUUUUUUAUUGAUUUGUUAGAAAAAAAUCCGAAAAUUGUUGUCUGUUAACUUCAGGACAAUGAGAAGAAAUGAUACUGAAAUUAGCCGACGUCGGAUAAUUUUUUGAUUUUUUUAUUUUCCACGUGUAUUUUUUUUUUAAAUUGAUUUGUACAAAAAAAAAUCGGCAAGUUGUCAACUGUCUGCUAACUUCAAGAUCGUGAGAAGAAAUGAAUUAUAAAUUUAUCACGUGAGAACUAUCAAUUAUAACAAUAAGUUAUUUGAUACAAAAAAAAUGAUCAAUGUAUGUAUAAUUUUUUCUAUAAAAACGCUUAAAUAAUUUCAAUGUCUUUUAUUUAUUU